CUCUCUCUCUCUCUCUCUCUAUAGAAUCCCACUGCUUUGCUUUUCCUCUUCCCUUUGUGCUUUCAUUCAUUCACCUCCUCUCACCAUCUCUCUCUCAAAUGGUUUCAGCUACUUCAGUCAUAGCCUGGGGCUCAGGAGAAGAUGGGCAACUAGGAAUUGGUAGCAACGAAGAGAAGGAAUGGGCUUGUGUCGUUGAAGCUCUCGAGCCUUACUCUGUUCGCUCUGUAGUCUCCGGUAGCCGUAACUCCCUCGCCAUUUGCGAUGAUGGGACGAUGUUUACAUGGGGUUGGAAUCAAAAAGGAACAUUAGGACACCCACCGGAGACAAAGACUGAAAAUAUCCCUAGUCGAGUUAAGGCUCUAACCAAUGUCAAGAUCACUCAGGCAGCAAUAGGUGGUUGGCAUUGUUUGGCUGUUGAUGAUCAAGGCCGAGCCUACGCGUGGGGUGGGAAUGAAUAUGGACAGUGUGGUGAAGAGCCUCUAAAAGACGAGAUGGGUAGACCCUUUCGUAGAGAUAUUGUCAUCCCUAAGCGCUGUGCCCCUAAACUCACGGUCCGACAGGUAGCUGCAGGUGGUACUCACUCAGUGGUUCUGACACGUGAUGGUCACGUGUGGACUUGGGGUCAACCCUGGCCUCCCGGUGACAUAAAACAGAUAUUUGUUCCGGUGAGAGUACAAGGUCUUGAGAAUGUGCGUCUUAUCGCUGUUGGAGCGUUUCAUAACUUGGCUCUUGAAGAAGAUGGGAGGCUAAUGGCAUGGGGUAAUAACGAGUAUGGACAACUUGGAACCGGUGAUACUCAGCCAACACCUCAUCCUGUUCCUGUCCAAGGCCUUGAUGGUCUCACUUUGGUUGAUAUUGCUGCGGGUGGAUGGCACUCAACCGCUUUAACCGAUAAAGGAGAGGUGUAUGGAUGGGGAAGAGGAGAACAUGGAAGACUAGGGUUUGGUGACAAUGACAAGAGCAGCAAAAUGGUUCCACAGAAAGUUAAUCUUCUAGCUGAUGAAGAUAUCAUUCAGGUUUCUUGCGGUGGAACACAUUCAGUUGCUUUGACAAGAGAUGGCAGAAUCUUCUCGUUUGGUAGAGGAGAUCAUGGAAGACUUGGUUAUGGAAGGAGAGUAACAACGGGACAGCCAUUGGAGUUGCCUAUAAAGAUUCCUCCACCUGAAGGAAGCUUGAAUCAUGCUGAUGAAGAAGAAGAAGAAGGGAAAUGGUUAGCUACAUCGAUUGCUUGCGGUGGACGCCACACGCUUGCCAUCGUUGAAUGGAAGUCCGAUGAUAUUUGAUCGUUAUAAUCUCUAUGGUCAACUUACGAAGAGAGGAAACAAAUAUUGAUUCAUAGGAAGAAAGGCAAAAGGAGAGUAUGUUUCUAUAAGAAGAAACACAUGUUUUAUCAUUUCAUAUAACUUUUUCUUAGAUUAAAUUAAACUUUGAUUCAAAUAUAUAAAUUUGAUCAGCCAAUA